CUGUGCGGAUAUAAGAACGAAAGACGCUUGGACUCCUCUUUGAAGAUUGUGCCUCGGCCCUCCUGCGCUUGGUUGCGCCACACACUAGCUUUGGAGCUACUCAGUGUAUAUAACCCCGUCCUGACGUCUGUGGAGACCCGACGCAACUUCAGUCCUCACCGCCAGCCCCAAUAGCCGCCAUACACGAUGCCGCCACACAGAAAUAUGGGCUGGAGGAAACCGGUCCCCAAGUUCAUCCCUGAGACGCCUUGCUCGCUGUCGAGGUUCAGUUCAACGUCGUUCAAAAGGCUUUCAUUCUCCCACUUGGAUAAGGAAGUGCCGCCGUUGCCGGACGAUUGGCUGCUCAAGCUGGGAGGCUCCCUGAGCAAAGCAAAGCGGCAAGGCUUCGUCCUUGACGACCAGAUCGACCCCCGGUGGAUCGAGCAAUACCGAUCGCACCCGGUGUCCUUCCCUACAGUAGAGGAGCAAACUUCCGAGCAGGACCUCCGUUCACUUUUUUCAAUGUCGAGCACGCAAGGACGGAGCGAGACAACACACACCAUGCCUCGACGUAUGCGACACAAACGCUCAUUGCCUCAACACUAUCGUCCACCGACACCGCCCUUGAAACGGGAGCACCCCGAGCGCCGGCCACGUUCCGGUUACAGGAUGGCACAGCAAACAAAGCAGCCGCUACCACACGACAACCACGACGUUCUGUCUCUCCAAAUAGAAAACUACGUACAGUCGACCGCAUCACCUACCCCUAUGAUCCAAAUUCUCCCUUCCGUUGGCACGGCCAAGCAGUUCCGGGUUAUGCACACUCGUUCCCGUCAUGGUCCGGCUGGUGCUUCGAGAGCUAGCAGCCUUCACUCAAGGACCAUGUCCUCAACGUCCUCGGCGCUGCGCGCCAAACGGCACGGUCAGGGCAUCGUCACCAUCUGGGCAGACGUGAAAACUCUGGGUAUCCAAGUCCGUCUUAGAUUCCACCACCUCUUCCGCUGAGCGGAACAUCGACUCGCACUCAUUGUAGCACUACGUAUGGCGACACACUAUCUUUAUUUCCUCGGACCUUCAUGCCAAGUUGACAUUUUUGUACCUAUACAACCCCCACUGCGUUACGUGUAUGAUAUGUUGUAGGGCUGAGCCUUGGGCUUAUAUGGUACUCAUGCGAAUGGUACUCA